AUGUUUUCGUCAUCAAAACCAAAGUUUGCUCUUGAGCUAGCUAUAAAUGAGCUUACUAAUGUACCACAAAUAAAUGGAGCUUGUUACAUUGAAGUUUCAAUUCGUGAUUCCAAGCAAAAGCAUAUGAAUAAACACACCAAUGGGUCACGAGCACCUUCCAAGGAUACAUCUUCCGCCAGCUCAAAUACCAAUGGGAAUUCUUCUACUUCUAAUGCGGCAAAGUCCUUUUUAAAUAGGCUUGAUUCAAAAGCUGCCAAAACUGUCAAUAAAGAAGUUGCUCAAGCUAAGGGUUCAUCGGGCCAUGUGUCAACAACGACGUCAUUGAAGAAAUUACACAAUUUCAAAUGUAAUUUCAAUUACAAACUUACAUGUAAUUUGAAAUUCAGCUUAAAGAGUAAGAAAAGCAGAUUGAUUGGUAACAAGUAUUUGUCACUCAGGGUAUAUUAUGUUCAUGAUGAUAAACAUGGAGGUGAUGAACAGAUUAUUAUUCCCUUGGGUCGGUUAGAGAUUAACUUGGCAGAAUAUUUAAACUUUGAAGAACCAGUCAAUUUGAAGUAUCUACUUGAUGACUCAAAAGUCAAUUCAAUAUUGAGUUUAACAAUUGGACUUGCAGAAUUACCUGAGAAUUUUGAUUUCCAUACUCAAUUGCAAAUACAAGACAAUAACAGCAGUGUAGUAUCGUCCACUGCACUAAGAGAAGGUCUUCAUCAAAACAAGAAACGAAGUACCACGUUCAAUGUACCUCAAUUUGAACGGAAGAAUGUCUUUAACGGUAUAAGCAAUAUUUUCGGUGAGGGAAAUGCUGAUGAAAAUCAGGGAUCACCUAACCAUGUAUCAUCUCCAUCUACACCACAAUCGGAAACCAAUGAGAGGCCACAGUCACCCACACCACGUAACCAUCGGACAGUAUUCAACCAAGCAAGCUCGCCGGAACUGUCAGCAUCGUCAAAACUUUCACUUGAUGGUAAACAGAUUGGUGACAUUACAAAUUUGAAUAACCAAGAUUUGAUUAAAUUGGUGGCACAAUCUUCUGAUGUAUCACUGGCCAUGUCGACCCAGCUGCCGAAUCUGAAUGGUCAAAACGGUAAUGGAGGUCAAAAUGGAAACUUGGUCUCUGGAAUCAAUCGACAUAUAGCCAUGGAUCCAAUCAUAAAUUCCUUAUACACCAAGAUUCUUGAAAGUAAUUGGGACCCGGCAUUGUAUCCACUCUUGGAUUAUUCCCCAAAUCAAUGUAUUGACGAUAUUUUUAAUAAUCCUGAAAAUCCAUAUGGAUGUAAUUUGAAAUUGAAGGAAUUUUAUGAAUCACAAAUUGGAAAAGAUGACGAGAAUAGUGGGUAUAGAAAUUUGAAUGGAUUAAUUAAUGAAGACAAAUAUAGAUCUAAUUUACAGAGUUGGACUUUGCCUGAUUUCAAAUAA